GAAACAGAGAGAGAAGGCCAGAGCUUAACAAUGUCCGUGGUGCUUAUCAAAUCGCCACUAAUUGCUUCUCUUUCCAUUUCCAGCACUCACUAUUCUACUUCUCUUUCACCAUUUUUCCUACGACGUCGUCUUAAUUUGAGACGAAACCACCAUAACCACCUCCACUUCUCUAUUCCAAACCGUUUUAAAAGCAUUCACAGAUACCCAAUUCGCAGCUCCUCUAUGUCUCUUCAAGAAGUCCCAAAUUCCACUUCGCAGUUGCAGGACAGCUUGUUGUACUCGAAGGCUUUCUGGGUAACAGAAUCUAUAAUUGCUUGGAAUGUGGAUAUUGGAGUGGAUGGUUCUUGCUUUCUAUAUGCAAGUCAGACUGCAUCAUUAUCUGUUAACGAUGAUGGCGUUCAAGGCCAUUUCGUGAAAUUUAAGCUUGAGAAAGAUGAUGGCGGGCUUCCAGAAAAUGUAGUUGCAAAAUUUCCUCAUAUUCGGGAUUAUAAAGCUUUUAAAGUGCCGUCAGCUCUUGAUGCCAAACCUCUUCUCAAAUGCCAAUUAGCAGUUGCGGCAUUUGACUCUGUUGGGAAAUGUAAGGAUGCUACUGGUAUGCAGUUACCUGGUAUUUUGGAUGAAUUAUUCUCAUAUGAUGGUCCCCUUGGUGCACAUUAUUCUGAAGAUGCUGUAUCACUCCAUCUUUGGGCUCCCACUGCUCAAGCAGUUCAUGCCUGUAUUUAUAGGGAUUCAUUCAACCAGGAACCCUUGGAAAUUGGUCAGCUCAUGGAGGUUGAUGGAGUUUGGAGCAUUACAGGACCAAAAGACUGGGAAGGUUGUUAUUACGUAUAUGAAGUAUCUGUCUACCAUCCUAGCACAUUACGCAUUGAAAAAUGCUAUGCAAAUGAUCCAUAUGCUAGAGGACUCUCAUCAGAUGGAAAGAGGACGUUAUUGGUGAAUCUCGACUCUAAUGCUACAAAACCUGAAGGAUGGGAUGAAUUAUCCGAUGAAAAACCCACUUUACUUUCUUUCUCCAACAUUAGUAUUUAUGAGUUGCAUAUAAGAGAUUUUAGUGCCAAUGAUGAAACUGUACAUCCUGACUCUCGGGGUGGUUAUCUGGCCUUCACUUUGGAGGAUUCAGCAGGUGUACUUCAUCUAAAGAAAUUAUCAAAUGCUGGGAUUACUCAUGUCCAUCUGCUCCCAGCAUUUCAAUUUGCUGAGGUUGAUGACGUUAAGGAGAAUUGGAAGCGUGUGGAUAACAAGAUGCUAGAACAUUUAUCACCAGAUUCAUCUGAGCAACAAGCUCUGAUAACAGCCAUCCAAGAUAAUGAUGGGUAUAAUUGGGGGUACAAUCCUGUUCUUUGGGGGGUUCCUAAAGGAAGUUAUGCAAGCAAUCCAGAUGGUGCUUGCCGUACAAUUGAGUUCAGAAAGAUGGUUCAGGCACUUAAUCGUAUUGGUCUCCGUGUUGUGUUGGAUGUUGUCUAUAAUCAUUUGCAUGGAAAUGGGCCUUUUGAUGGAAAUUCUGUUCUUGAUAAGGUUGUUCCAGGUUAUUAUCUGAGAAGGAAUAAUGAUGGCUUUAUCGAAAAUAGUACCUGCGUGAACAACACAGCUAGUGAGCAUUAUAUGGUUGAGCGCUUGAUUAUCGAUGAUCUUUUAAACUGGGUAGUUAACUACAAGGUUGAUGGGUUCCGGUUUGAUCUUAUGGGUCAUAUAAUGAAAAGUACAAUGGUGAAAGCAAAAGGUGCAAUCCACAGCCUAACAAAGGAAAGGAAUGGAGUUGAUGGAUCAAGUGUCUACAUUUAUGGUGAAGGUUGGGACUUCGGUGAAGUUGCUAAAAAUGGACGUGGAAUAAAUGCUUCACAAUUCAAUCUCUGUGGUACUGGAAUUGGAAGCUUUAAUGAUCGGCUGCGAGAUGCAAUGCUUGGUGGAUCUCCAUUUGGCCACCCUCUUCAGCAAGGAUAUGUGACUGGUUUAAUGUUGGAGCCUAAUGGACAUGACCAUGGUGGAAAAGAUGUUCAAGAACUCAUGCUUACUACAGCAAAGGAUCAUAUCCAGGUUGGGUUGGCUGCAAACUUGAGAGAUUUUGUACUGACUAAUAGUGAAGGGAAAGAGGUAAAAGGAUCAGAAAUAUUGGUUCAUGGUGGAACACCGGUUGCAUAUUCUUGCAGCCCCAUGGAAACAAUUAAUUACGUUUCUGCACAUGACAAUGAAACCUUAUUUGACACUAUCUGCAUGAAGACUCCAAUGGAUAUUUCUGUGGAUGAGAGAUGCAGAUUAAAUCAUUUGGCAACAAGUAUAAUAGCACUUUCACAGGGAAUACCAUUUUUCCAUGCUGGUGAUGAGAUGCUACGCUCAAAAUCACUUGAUCGUGAUUCAUACAACUCUGGUGAUUGGUUCAACAGGUUAGACUUCUCAUACAAUUCUAACAAUUGGGGUGUUGGACUUCCUCCAAAGCAAAAAAACGAACAUAACUGGCCACUAAUAAAACCCAGACUGGCAGAUCCAUCCUUCAAGCCUCAAAAGUCCCACGUCCUUGCUGCUGUUGAGAAUUUUUUAGAUGUAUUACAUAUUCGAUAUUCUUCACCACUUUUCCGCUUGACGACAGCUAAUGCUAUCCAGGAACGAGUAAGAUUCCAUAACACCGGUCAUUCUUGGGUCCCUGGUGUCAUAGUGAUGAGCAUUGAAGAUGGUCAUGAUGGUUUCCCCGGAUUAUCUCAACUGGAUCCCUUCUUCUCAUACAUUGUGGUUCUCUUCAACGCUUGUCCAACUGAGGUGUCAUUUGCCAGCCCUGCGCUGAGGGCAAGAUCUUUUCAGCUGCAUCCUGUCCAGCUAAUGUCUUCUGAUGAAGUUGUAAAGAACUCAACCUAUGAAGCACCCUCUGGGUGCUUCACUGUGCCGGCAAGGACAACGUCUGUGUUCGUCGAGCGUAGGGAAACAUAAUUAUUGUUUGCUGGAAAUUUUUGUGUUUCAGUUCUAUCAUCAUCAUAUUUAAUAAGUUAAGCAGAGUGAUCUGCAAAUAGUCUGGCGACCUGUGCUUGUGCUCUACCACGAUGGCCCUUCUCCAACCCUUUGAAAGUCGAGGAAACCAUGCAUUAAGAAUGCUUUUAAUAAGGCAAAAUGGUUGACAAAUGAGCUAGUGAAUUUUGCGUAUGCCAGUUCUCAUCCACUAGGAGUUGUAAAUAGAAAAUCACUAAACUUGAGAUGUUCUGUGGAAUGUAAUGUUAUGAAGAUUGAACAGUACAUCUUUGGCUAUGACUUCAAUAAAUUCAACUGAGUUCUCAUUA